ACACUGUGGGUAAACUGAGCACAUCAACGAAAGGUCGGUGAAAGUUUACAGCAGUCACUUUAUUUCUGCUCAGCUUUCCUCCUCAUGGCUUAUUUCCAUGCCAGCCUCCCUAUAGGCUGCACUACUUUAGUGAGCUCACACCUGAUUGGCCGCCAGAUCUGUCCCUCAAGCCGACGCUCUGCUGCGAUGGGUCGAUUAUCUCCACCCCGCUGUUGCUGCUUUCUUAUCAAGGCAGAUUGUUUGAAAUAAUUUUGUUUUCUGAGAAGUGCAUGUGCCCGGAGCCUUAUCAAUAAAAGCCGCUGCUCGUGUGUUUGUCUCUCCACUGUGGCUGGAAUAUUCCCAGAGUUGUUUUGUUUUUUACGCAGCUGACCCAUGACAGGCGGUGGAGCUGAAGUUUCUGGACGUUGUUAGUGAAGAUGCAGAGCUCAAAAGGUUUUCGUGUGGAUGAUUUCGUCGCGGGAUGGAUCGGCGGAGCUUCCAGUGUGGUCGUGGGCCAUCCGCUGGAUACAGUCAAGACGCGGCUCCAGGCUGGGAAAGGCUACAGGAGCACUCUACACUGUGUCCUCACCAUCUACAGGAAGGAGACGGUUGUGGGGUUCUUUAAGGGCAUGUCUUUCCCUCUAGCCAGCAUCACGCUCUACAACUCGGCUGUGUUUGGCUUCUUCAGUAACACUCAGAGACUCAUAAGCAAGUAUCGCUAUGGCGACGGGCGGCAUCCCUGUGGCAUGUUGGACCUGACCGUGGCCAGCAUGCUGACCGGACUGAUGUCGGUGGGCCUGGGAGCCCCUGUGGAUCUGGUCAAGAUCAGACUGCAAAUGCAGACGCAGACGCUUGUAGCAGAGAACCUGCACCUUGCUGGAAACGUGUCGAGCAGCACCGACAUCCCUCUGCGUUCCGUCGACAUCCCCAGCCAGCGAGCCUACCGAGGCCCCAUCCACUGCAUCAGCAGCAUCUUGCAGACCGAAGGCCUCCAGGGCCUGUACAGAGGAGCCGGGGCCAUGAUCCUGAGGGACGUCCCUGGAUACACGCUCUACUUCAUUCCUUACACCAUCUUCUGUAACCUGCUGAAGCCCGACCCAGCGUCAACCCCUCAUCCUUGUUCCAUCUGGCUCGCCGGAGGAUUGGCAGGGUCCAUCUCCUGGGUCACCGCCACGCCGGCCGAUGUGGUGAAGAGUCGAAUGCAGGCCGACGCUCAGCUGCAGAGGAAGUACAAGGGAGUUUUACACUGCAUCAUCGACAGCUACAAGACGGAAGGUGCACAGGUUUUCUUCCGUGGAAUGUCUGUGAACGCCAUCCGAGGCUUCCCAAUGAGUGCCACCAUGUUUCUGACCUACGAACUCUCCCUGCAGUUCUUCAGGAGCCUUUAGGACACAUUCUGGUGGUGAAGGAAUCACACUCAGUUGUUUGGUAAAAUAUCCCCAUGUCACCUGCUGACCUUCUGGUCACGAGACACAAGACUGGUCAGUCAGUGAGGGUUUUGAAUAUUACUUUAUGCUUUUGGGUGUCGUUUUGUCAAAUAAUGGAUAUUAGGACACCAAAGUCACCAUUGUGUUCCUGUUCUUUAUCAGACCUAACACCUUAGCAUUUGUGGCUUUGUGGCAGUAAAUUCCCUGCUAGCAUGUGUGAGAAAUGGCUACUAGUUAGCAUAAUCUUAGACUUGAGAAAGCAGAAUGUUCAAUUGAGCUUUCUAGUUUGUGUCAUGAGUAAAUAUUGUUCUGCAAGCACUUUUAGACAACAGAAACUGUAUCACACAGUUUGUGGUUAGUAAAAUGACAUGACGAUGUUAGAGUUUGCACAAAAAAAUGAACUGAUAAUCAUGUAAAUAAUUUCAGUUAGAGCAAAUAUGUCUUCUUGGGUGUGUAGCUAACUGCUAACCAGGAGGUCUAUAAACAGAAAGCACUGACGUUUUGAUAAUUACCAUUUAGUUUUACUCGACUCUGUUUGUGUAGCACCAUAAAGCUAACAAGGGACAAAUGAGUGACUUUGGUGCCAACGUUCAUAUUAUUUAACAGAGGAGUCGAUUAUAUCUUUGCAGAUUUACCAAAGAACUGUGUGUGUUUCUGAAAGGUUGUGUUUGGGGACAAUAGCUACGAUGUCAGUUUGGGAUUAGAGGAACCUUACCUAGUCAACAAAACGCACACAACUACAGCUUUUUCAUGAAAGACACCAUCAUUAUCGAGACCUGUAAAGAAGGAGGCACAUAAUAGUACUGUGUGAUUUCACAAUAUCACACAGUUGCCAUUUAUUUGGUGCAUAGGAACGCAAAAUAAGCCUAGUAGUCUAAGCAAAACAUGGUUGAAAAGUGAGUCUGACUACUAUUUCACACUGAAAUCUGAUGAUUUAAGUGAUUUUUGUCACUAAUAUAUGACGAUGUUUGUUCAUUUUGGGUCAGUAUCUGUAAUUUAAGGCAUUAAUUAAUUAGAGCGGAGCUGCACUGUUACCUCAGCAAAGGUGAAAAUUUAAAGAUGUGACAUUUACAACAUGAACAAGUCUUAAAUUUGCCAUUAUUGUUGCUUUAGAUCUAUUUUUCUUUUCAGUUUAUUUACAAGCACUUUUCUAUUUGUACAUAAUCCAACUGAUCAGACUUAAAUGAUUUAACAUAUUAUUGCAUCGACAGUAAGGGAAUAUUUUUACUGUGUAAUCAACUUUGAAACUAGUUUUCAUUGAGUUACCUGCUCUAAAGUACUGUGUAGUGUUGAAAGUGACAACAGUAUUUAAUGUUGCCUUCCACUGCACAUGGACUGUAUUUACAUCCCAUGUUGUCGUCCACAUGUACAUAUGUUUGUGUGUUUCUUAUAUUAAGAAAAGUGAGUUUUACAAGUUAAUUUUAACUUCACGUUGACAAACUUUUCCAACAGUGUAUUUACAUUAUUGCUUUUUUCCACACGCGCAGCAUAAAUGCAACAUCUUAACAGUUACUUAUAGUAUUUACAGCAGAGGUGGGUAACUUGAAAUCAGAUUUUUGUUUAAAAAUUAUAUUAAAACUUUACUGUUCCACAUCUUUGCCUUUUUAAAGAUACUAAACUGACACUCACUUUGCAAAAUGGAUAUUUCUUGUCUAACAGUUUUAUUUUAAAUAGCUUUAUUCUCAUGUAAAUAUGUGUAAAUAUGUUAACUGCCAUUCCAGAUGGUGGACAGCCACAAGUGUCUUAAUGUACAUAAAUAAAGCUUUUAAACACA